CAUCUUGUUCCACAUAGCCCUGCGCUCCACAUGUAUACUUAAAUAUACGAGGAUCUUCAUCAUGGUAAUGCAGCGUCUACGUCUCAACAUCCCAUCUGCAGUUUCUGUUCAUUUUUGACUUUUCGUUUUUCCAACCUUGCAAUCCAAAAAUCUCUGCCACUGCGCACUGAAAACUUAUAGGUAUAGGUUCCUUGUAGUUGUUCACACAUACUUAAACAGCAAAGUGAAACUCUAGUCCAGUCCGCCAGUAGCAGCAAUUAAAAACUUCUGUAGCAUUUUCAUUUUCAUCCCAAUUGUAGUUCCUCCACGUAAACCGUAGUCCUCCAACUAUAUUGUCUCUGAAAGUCACAAUGAAAAGAUUUCAUUUGGGCAGCUUCAGUACAGUGGCUACGGCGGUGGCCCUACUUUGUUCCGUGUUCGCUUUCGAGGGCGCUUUUGCCGUGGAGGGCAACUGUAAGAUUACAAAGGAGCCCGCCGAGGAGGACCGCCCGCUUUCCCUCAACUGGGUGAAAAAGUUGUUUCCAGCAGGCGCGACGAUUCAGAUCCAUAACACAAAGUACACGGUUAAAAAGGACGGAACGGAGGGACAGAACCACAGCGGAGACGGUGGCUGGUUCUCGGGACAGGUAACCCUGAGAAACGAGGCGACCAAAGCCGGUUACAUAUUGAAACUCUUCAAGACCGCAGUAUUAAAAGGAAAAAAGCCAACUCAGGCCAUGCUGUGCGAGUACUUAUGAGAACCACAGGAAGAAGUUGCGCGACCCUCUGUUGUGCACGCUUAAAGCAUGCAUCUCUUCGUGCGCUUGCAUUACAGCUUUUAAAGAGUAUAUGUAUCUAAUCAUAAUACUGUCGCUUUGCUUAUUCUUAUUCCGCCAUGAUGCAGAAGCAGAUCCUGGCGCUAUAGCUAUUGUGCCGGUAGCCAGCACAUCAAUUUCGCCGCCUGCUUUGCCUCUGCGCGACACGCAGACAAAUUUGUGUUUGUAUGCAAAUCCAGCAAUGCGUGUAAGUGCUAUGAUAGCAUGGAGAAGCUUUUUUCCUCACGAUACGCAGAAGGGGACAAAGGAGAAGAGUUCAACACAUGGCGAGAAAAUAUUUACAAAGGAGGUUCGUUGGUUGCGACAGAGAUGAAGAAAGCAGAGCACCUAGGCAACCAGGCACACUUGUACUUCGAGUCCAUUGGGGAUGACGCUCUUGAGAUGAAUGCGCCUUGCUGGUUUGAGGGCGGGAAGGUGAUGGGAGUCCUGAUCAAAAUUAGUUGCAGCGACGGAAAGCUUUCACAGCUUUUCGACAUGAAGAGUUUGCCUUUGGAAGAACGCAAGAAAAUGUGGCCGCAGAUCAAGAAGUUGCUGGAGCACCUGGAAGCAAAGCGGCUGGUGCACUUCGACCUGCACUACGAGAAUGUGAUGGUGUGCGAGAUCAAGACGGAGCGUUACACCGUUCGCCGCGCACUGAUUGUGGACCUGAAAAGCGUUGAGCAACUGCCCGAGGAGGGCACUCUUUGGAACAGGCCAGGCUUGACGGUGAAAGAACUUCUGGAAAUGAAGCAGGGGCACCUGAUGGAACCUGACCAACGCUUGCUGCACAAACUACGCGACGAUGGCAUCACCUGGGGGAACACGGCCGCAAACUGGCAAGCGUUUGCGGGUUACAUGGCGAGCUACGUGAAAAAAUCUUGGUUAGAGCACGAAGGCGUCAAGGCGCCUGGGGCCGGACCGCAACAGGACGUCGCAGACGCAGGGAAAAAGACCGGGGCGCUUGUUGUUCAGCCUCUGACUGUGACUUUGAACAAGAAGUAGGUGUGAUUGCAUGUAAAAAAAGAUGCUUAAUGAUAUAUCUGAUCGGUUGUAUGAUGUUUUCUUGGUUCAUCUUGUUGAGCUGAGUAAACCAGUAGUAAACCUACCAACAUUAAGUGACGCGAGGCUCGCGUGCCUUUUUGUGAGUGGCAAGUACUUCCGUGCUUUGCUUCUAGUGACUUCCUCGAGCUGCAAACGCAAACUAAGCGCUCUUUACACAUGUUUUUUUAGACGGAAAUGCAUGAACAUCCUGCGACUUCUUGUUGGAGAGUACUAUUCAACAGUCUUUGGAUGUGCACCACUGACUUUGCGCUAGUAGAGCGAGUGACAGAUGUACUCUAAAAGAAAAAGUGUAUAAUUUUUAUCGCACAAGAGGCGUUCUCUUGCACAUCUUACUUUCUCGUUCUCGUCUAAAAGUGUAUGAUUUUUUUUUCCGUACCCACUCACAACCGAAUGCUGCGAUAGACGAUGAUGAUGAUGAUGAUGAGGGAUGACACAAGGUUGGGGUUUAUCACACCUGAGUCGUUCUUUUUAUUUUUAAUUACGGAAGACAACUAUUUGAUGUUGUGGUUUUGGAGUACGUAGAUGUUUACGGUUUUUUUGAAUUUCAUUGCGAAUCGAAGCCCAUACUCGACGGCGUCUUUACUUGUCUUUUUUCAGAGCAGGCUCUCAAAGCAGGAGGCUUUUUCUUGAAAUAGCUCUAGAGAAAAAGGUGUGUAAACGCGUUCCCACCUUCUCGCAUGAACACAAACAAACAAACAAGCCCAUACUCUUGCUCUUGGAAACUACAUCUUGUUUCGUAUGUUGGAAGGUCGUCAUCGUCGAGGAAGCAAGGACGAUGCCCUCUUGUUUUGAACGUGAGUCGCGAUAGACCACAGCAGCAGCGAUACAAUUGAUGUUCCCGCCAAGAUCUUGUUGUAACUACAUAGUGCGGUGAAAUAGACAUGCAUUGCAAAACCAACACUGUCUGACUACUACAGUAUGGAUUGCAUAUACGAACUUUCUCAACCGCCGGAAGAGUUGCAGCUUGUCAGGCUGAAUCGGGCAACGUGAAGAAAUAAGGAAAAUCAUCUGUAACGCAUGACUGCAACGAGAACGAAUUCGAAUGCGCGGCGCUACCGAUGCAUACUACUUUCGCACAGGAUAGGCCAACGCUUCAAUCGGUUUCGGUUUUACGUCGUCGAGAUUGAGCGGACCAAGAGGAAGAUCAUCACAAGUUCCUGUUGUGGUGCUUUUU